UCCACACUGUCAACUUGCACACUUCAAGUUUGACAAUUCAAUCAAUGUGCUGCUCUUUUGCUGCGUAUUUUACUAACUGAUAUAAUUACCAAUUUAUAAAUUUUUGCACUAGUUUAAACAAAAAUAAAGGAGGCUCUGAAAACUGCCAACGAAUAACAACAACAACCCUUUUCGUGCAAUAUUUUUUUCGCUUUAUCAUUAGCCCAUCAUUUUAUUAAAGCAGCUGUUGCGUUAUAAUUGAUCAAAAUGAGCUCAAGUGAAAAAUCCGUGAAUGAUACUGCAUGCGAUGUUAAUAAGCAGGUGACAAGUGAAGAUACGGAGCAUGAUUCGUGCGUGCUAUGUUGCAAAGAAGUGGAAAUCUACUCGAUCGGUGAAUGUGAUCACCCAAUUUGCUAUGAGUGCUCUACGCGUCUACGUGUGCUUUGCGAGCAAAAUGAAUGCCCAAUUUGUCGGCAAGUAUUGUCCAAGGUAAUUUUCACUUUUGAUAAGUUGCCUUAUCGCGAACUUGAAGCGAAAAAUCGCUCGGGAUAUUAUAGCAAAAAGUAUAAAAUCGGUUUUUAUACAGCGAAGAUACAGCAGGCCUUUUUCAAUUUGUUAGACCAUCCGUGCCCUAAAUGCAAUGUACCACCGUUUCGAAGAUUUGGUGAUCUCGAAUAUCAUGUACGAAGGGAACAUGACUUGCAUUACUGUGAUCUCUGUACGGAACAUUUAAAAAUAUUCACCUAUGAGCGCCGUUGUUACACACAGGCGGAAAUUGGUCUGCACCGAACUAAAGGUGAUCGUGAUAACCGUUCGCAUAGAGGACAUCCGCUAUGCGAAUUUUGCAAGAAACGUUAUUUGGACCGAGAUGAACUUUUUCGGCACAAGCGCCGGGAUCAUUACUUCUGUCACUUUUGUGACGAUGAGUCUAAUGACUUUUACAGGGAUUAUGAUGCUUUAGCAAACCACUUUCGAGAACAUCAUUUUCUUUGUGAGGAAGGUCGAUGUGCUACCGAGCAAUUUAUUGGCGCUUUCCGCACUGAGAUCGACUACAAAGCACAUUUUGCAAGUGCUCACGGCAGCACUUUGAAUAAACAAGAAGCGAAGAAGACACGCACAGUGCAAUUAGAAAUAACACUUGGACGACCAGCGCGUCCCGGUCUACCUGAUGGUGGCAUUACCAACGUCCGAUCGCGAGUACCCGACGACCACUACAAUGAUCAUUCAGAUACUUCCUCAUCUCAGGCAGCGCAACAACGAUCAAUAACAAUCGAUAGAAGUAAUGAAGAAGAUUUUCCAUCGUUGCGUGGCACUAGUGGUGGCCCCAGUGUCUCCUUAGUGCCAGCAACAUUUACACGUUUACGUAGUGGAGCUUCCGGUCUAGCACGUACAAAAGAAAACUUUCCAGCUUUAGGUGCCAGUGGUGGAGGAGAAACCAAAACAACGCAACAAUCGCCAGCACCCAUAUCAACGGUACUACGUAAGGCGCCAGCUGUAUCGAAAGCCGUAGCUAACCGUAGUGCCGGUGGCAAUGGUGGGCCCAACGGCAGCAUGGUACUUCAUGUUUCUAAUCGACCAACAUCAUCCGUAAACCCAAAUAGCGGUGCUGUAUCAAAGAAACCCCAUGCUUUGGAUUUUCCUGCUUUACCAGCUUCGUCGAAAUCGAAAAAGAAUACAUCACGCGCUGCACUCGAAGAAGAUAUGUUGCCAUCCGGCGCGCAUAUACCCUUGACGAAUGUGCCAGCAAAACAACGACAGCUUGUUGACGAUUAUGUUUCGGUAGCAAACGCCAGCAGUUUUCAAAAGAUUCAAACCGUACAAAGAGAAGAACUUGAACCGAAAAACCGAAAAGCCGGCGAAUUAGCAAACGCGCCUAAGCUAACGUCACAAGACUUUCCAUCACUUGGUCCUGCGUCUUCAGGAAAGUCUAAUCAAGCCCAACCAAACAGUUGGGUAAAAGGACAAAAGCUGUCAGAUAAAAGGCAACGUGAAUUAGAGAAUAGAAAAGCCAAAAUAGCACCAGCACCGUUAUUAUCAAAAGAGAGUAACAAACAAACCGUCAAUGCAACGAAUAAAAAACAAACACAACAGCCAACAGCUGCAAAUAAAAUAAGUACAAAUUCUGCGGAUAACAACACUACGAAGAAGGAGAAAAAAGCGAAAGAUAAUAAAAAGGAAAAAUCAAAUCCAGAAAAUAUCAAAUCACAACAAAAUUCGAAUGGAAAGGUUAAAGAAAAAAACAAUAAUGUUAAUAAGCAUCCACCAAAGCCUGAAGAACACACUACGUCGCCUCUAUCAUUAACACUUUGCAAUGGCAGAGCCGAGAUUGCGUCGCAAAUGCGUCCGCCACCAGGCUUUGGUAAUGUACCUUUCAGUACACAACCGCCACCGGGGUUUCAAUCAACUAACGUUACCGUCAAUUCGGUGGCCAAGUCGCCUAACAACUUAACUUUUACCAACUCCUUCGGGGAAAAAUAUAGCAUCGUACGUACACAUCCAUACAUUCAGCCCCCAGACGCAGCCACAAGAAAUCAGAAACUUGUAUCCCACUUUCAAGAUGCUCUAAAAACGACAGCGGCGAUGGAGGAAUUUCGACAAAUAUCACAAAAAUUCAGAGAAGGUGUCUACAAGACUCUGCCGUACUACGAACAUUGUCAAGCUGCUCUUAAAGACAGAUUCGAUGACAUUUUUCCAGAGCUAUUGGUCUUACUGCCGGACAUAAACAAGCAGCAAGAGCUAUAUUUAGUGCACUCUCAAAAUUUGAACAAACUUUCACCUGAUGAACGUAAAAAAAUACAGAAAUUAGAUGUAUGCGCGAUAUGCAAGCAAGUGCUAAUGCCUAACGAUUUGGAAAGUCACCAAAAGCAGCACGAACUUAAAGAGAACUUUCCUACGCUUGGCGAUGUAAAUAACGGCAGCGCUGCCAAAAAUGUUAUGCCCUUACAUACAAAUCAACGAAAAUAAUAGUUAAGGCCAUUAAUAAUUGAACAAAAUGCAUGCUAGCUGACAAAAUCAAAUAUGUUAUACAAUGACAACAAUCUUGGGAAUUGCAAUCAUCAAACUGUUCGCCAACAUGUGCAUUAUUGAAUUUCAAUUAACUUGACUACACAUACAUUUAUAUAUGAAAUAAAAUAAAAUGUACGCAUCAGCCAGAAUACCCUUAAAGUAAUAUAUAUAUAUAUAUGUAUACAUAUAUAUAAGUAUAUAAUGCUCUCCCUAAGGUAUACAACAUUAUACUUUAAGGUGACAAAAGUGUAUGUAUAUAAAUGUGGUUCUUCAUUUUGGGGUUACAAUUUUUGCAAAAAAAAAAAAAAAA